AUGAAAUCCUCAUCAGACCUGGCUUCCAAGCCACACCAGGCUAAACCUGGAGAAGCCUACUGGAAGCAGGUUAGAAAGCCAUUCCUAAUCGCCAUCAGUGGAAGCUUUGUCCUCUUGCAGCUUUUAUUUCUGGGGAACAUGUGCUACCUAUAUGGCACUCAAUUCCGGAGCUCUUCUCGCUACCACAAUUUCAAUGUUCUGCUCGUCGACUAUGACGGCGGAGUGAUUGGGCAAUCGUUGCUUGCCGCGUAUCGCGAGCUGAAAGGAAAUGAUUUCCCAACUCUCAUCCAAAAUAAUGCGGUCGAUUAUCCUGAGCCCCAGAAUAUAUAUGAGUCAGUAUGCAGGGGAGACUACUGGGCUGCUGUGUACACCAACCCCGGUGCAUCAUCACGAUUAUCAUCCGCGCUCGCCAGCUCCACUGCCGCCACUUCAUACAACAACAGCGACGCCAUCACUUAUAUCUGGAACGGAGCCAGAUAUCCCACAAUCGCGAAAAGUGCUAUAUAUGCCAACGUUCAGACAUUAGUCGCAGCCGCACAUGUCGCCUACAACCACCUCAAUGGUAGCGCUGCAGGCAAAUCGAUCGAUUGGUCGAAUGAAGCCAUCGCCCAGAUCCUCUUCAAUCCCAUUGCCGCAUCAGAGAUCGACGUUAAACCCACAAACCAAGGCACACGAGUGCUCUAUAAUACUGUCUCCAUGGUCUUUCCAAUCAUCCAGCAGUUCUUCUUCAUCAUGGCUCUGAACGGUAUCUCGUCAAGCUUCGGUCUCUUCAGCAAGCUCCUCCCUGUGCAAAACGGUCGCCUUCGUAUGAAUUUGUCCGCUGCUUAUACGCUUAUUGGUUCGUUAUGUUCGGCUGGAUAUCUCUGGGCGUUCCGUGAAGACUGGGACGUGAACGGUCUCCAGUUCUUCUUAACCUGGAUGGCCCUCUGGCUAUACAUGCACAUUAACUUCCUAGUCAUGGAUGUGGCCACGGGCUAUCUCCAGAUGCAAUUUAUGCCCUUUUUCGUCUUGACAUGGGUGGUCUUCAACAUCGCUAGUGUCGUGAGCCCUUUCGAAGUGAACCCAGCUUUCUACCGAUGGGGAUAUGCGCUUCCCACGCAUGAGGUGUACCAGGUCUUAGUCCAGAUCUGGAGUGGCGAUUGUGAGAAACAGCUGUAUCGAUCCCUGCCGAUCCUUUUCGCGUGGUGGGUCGUCAGCUUGGCUUUGUCAAUUCUCUCCACAAGUCAUCGUUGCAAGGCCGCCGUUGCGGCUGAGCGUACGUCUGCUCUUCCACCUUCUGAGGAGCAAGGCCUUGAAACUGAAUCGACGGCCGACGAGAGCAAAGAUUCAGAAAAUAAGGGCGCCCCUUUGUCUCGAACUACUACUUCCGACGGUACUACUCUAGUUACUCGUCCUGCAGACCUUGCUGCUAUACGCCGACAGACUGCGGAAUCUAUCCGUCUUGAACAAAGGGCAUACGGUCCUAGCUAUCCCACGCCAUUUGUUCACAGACAGUCUGUGGAUGAGCAAUAG